AAAAAAUCCAUUUAAAGCACAAUAAUUUUUUAAAGAUAAAUAAUUAUGAAAGCGACAAUUUGGAUGAUUUUAUUAUCAAUUAACCAGGCCAUUGGUUCAUCGCCGCCAUCCUACACUGUUUUGCGGAGUUCAGAUAAAAAAUUGUCGAACUUUCUUAACAAUGAUUUAAAAAAAAUAAUGAGAGAAAAAGAACCGAUUUACGAUCCUUAUUUAUCUAAUCAACAUAUUAUUGACUACAGGAACAAAAUAAUAAACUUCAAAGGUAAAUUCACCGAUUUUAAUAUUCAAAAUUUGUCUCACUACAUUGUCAAAAAAUUGAGCGUUAAUUAUUGGCUCAGACGAAUUAUCGUCGACUUAAGUUUUCCGCAAAUUAUAUCUAGCGGAAUUUAUGAUAUUGAUACUCGUUAUUUAAACAGACUUUACGUCGGAAAAGGACAUUACAACUUAACUGUUACAAAUUCAUUAGUUUCUUUUAUAGUCAGCACAAAUAUGUUCGGUGACCUCAAAGUUAAAUCUGUUAGAUUAAAAAUGUCCUUAGGAAAAUUUGAUGUUUCAGCCACAAAUGAAUUUUUAAGUAAUCAAGAAAGUAAAAAAUGGAGUGAAAAUUUAUCAAAGAUCAUUCCAAGAAUGAUUACUGAUAAUUACAAAGCAAUAUCGUCAUAUUUAUCUAAGAAACUUGUUGUUAUUAUAAACGAUCAAAUAAAAAACCACGGAAUGUUCGGUUGAAAA